GGGCGGGACCUCAGCCUAGCACGCGAGAGGGUCACCCGGACGGAACUUCAGCCUACCGUUCUCGCCGGGAAUCCGGCAGCCCCCACCCACUAUGUGGCGCCCCCGUGCGCUUUUGGAAUCUCAGCACUUCGUGUCCAGUCCGGCCCCCGUUUGCAGACAGGAAAACUGAGGUUCUGAGUGGGGGGGACGGGGCAUACCCAAGGUCACGCAGCAGAGAGCGGACUCGAACCUAAACUGCUUGCGGGCUGAGACUCCGCGUGGCUAAGGGCAGCCUCUCUAGGUGGGCGUGGUCAGGACUGGCGGCCUUGGAACCUUCCUCACCCAAGCUUCUCAGUUUUCUUGCUCCUGUCUCUCAUUAUUUCUCUCAUUCCCUAACCCGGCAGGUCGAAACUGGAAAGCAUCUCCAAAACAAUCCCUCCAUUUUACAGACGGGGCAACUGAGGCUAGGAGAGGCGGUGACAUCAAGGCACACGAUGCCAUGUCUCAGUCUAGAUAGAAUCCAAGAUUCCUUACCAUCCCCAUCCUUCCCAGGGAUCCUAAUCUCCCCGGGCUUGUGCUGGGGGCAGGGUGUGGCGGAACUGGGCGCCUUGGCCUGGGAAGGUUGAGGAAGGCAGUGGAGGCCGAGCCCCCCACCUGCCCUCUCCCCACCCCCCGCAGUGUGUUGCAUACUUUCUAAAGCGGCGGCAGCAGCAGCAGCAGCGGCGGCGGCUCCAUCCAAUCCAGCCCGUGGGCUCCUCGGCAUGGCUGGCUACCUGAGUGAAUCGGACUUUGUGAUGGUGGAGGAGGGCUUCAGCACCCGAGACCUGCUGGAGGAGCUCACUCUGGGGGCCUCACAGGCCGCCACGGGUGAGGUCACUGCCUUCUUCGUGGCCGACCUGGGGGCCAUAGUGAGGAAGCAUUUCUGCUUUCUCAAGUGCCUGCCGCGAGUUCGGCCCUUUUACGUGGUCAAGUGCAACAGCAGCCCAGGUGUGCUGAAGGCCCUGGCCGAGCUGGGGCUGGGCUUCAGCUGUGCCAACAAGGCAGAGAUGGAGUUGGUCCAGCAUAUUGGUGUCCCUGCUAGUAAGAUCAUCUAUGCCAGCCCCUGUAAGCAAAUCGCACAGAUCAAGUAUGCUGCCAAGCAUGGAGUCCGGCUGCUGAGCUUUGACAACGAGAUGGAGCUGGCAAAGGUGGUAAAGAGUCACCCCAGUGCCAAGAUGGUUCUGUGCAUCACCACUGAUGACUCCCACUCCCUGAGCCGCCUGAGCCUCAAGUUUGGAGCGUCACUGAAAUCCUGCAGACACCUGCUUGAAAAUGCCAAGAAGAGCCAGGUGGAGGUGGUGGGUGUGAGUUUCCACAUUGGCAGCGGAUGUCCCGACCCUCAGGCCUACGCUCGGUCCAUCGCAGAUGCCCGGCUUGUGUUCGAAAUGGGCACUGAGCUGGGCCACAGGAUGCACAUCCUGGACCUUGGUGGCGGGUUCCCUGGAGUGGAGGGGGCCAAAGUGAGAUUCGAAGAGAUCGCUUCUGUGAUCAACUCAGCCUUGGACCUGUAUUUCCCGGAGGGCUGUGACGUGGACAUCCUUGCCCAGCUGGGGCGCUACUACGUGACCUCGGCCUUCACCUUGGCAGUCAGCAUCAUCGCCAAGAAGGAGGUUCUUUUGGACCAGCCCGGCAGGGAGGAGGAAAGCAGUUCUGCCCCCAAGACCAUCGUGUACCACCUUGACGAGGGCGUGUAUGGGAUCUUCAACUUGGUCCUGUUUGACAACGCCUGCCCUACCCCCAUCCUGCAGAAGAAACCAUCCAUGGAACAGCCCCUGUACAGCAGCAGCCUGUGGGGCCCGGCGGUCGAUGGCUGGGACUGUGUGGCUGAGAGCCUGUGGCUGCCACAACUACACGUAGGCGACUGGCUGAUCUUUGAGAACAUGGGCGCCUACACCGUGGGCACAGGUUCCCUCCUCGGGGGGACCCGGGCCUGCCACGUCACCUAUGCCAUGUCCCGGGUGGCCUGGGAAGCACUGCAAGGGCAGCUGCUGCCUGCAGAGCAGGAUGAGGACGCUGAGGACGUGUGCAAGCCUCUGUCCUGCGGCCGGGAGAUCACAGACACCUUGUGCGUGGGCCCCGUCUUCACCCCGGCAAGCAUCAUGUGAGCAGUCCCGUUCCCCCACCCUGGAGAACCCCAGCGGGGCCGCAGAGAUGCCUCUGGGAGAGGCAGGGAAGGUGGCGAGCAGGGGCACGGGCCAGGACUCUGGUGCUCACUCUGCCGCCCCUGUGCCCUGCCUCUAGUGUUUCUGCCCUGUAAAUAGGACCAGUCUUACACUCGCUGUAGUUCAAGUAUGCAACAUAAAUCCUGUCCCUUCCAGCCGUGUCUGCCUCCUCUGCAGCGCCAGGGGCCUGGUCAGCCAGGUGUGGGGUGCGCUUGGGGUCUCCCUCGGUCUCCUUCUCACCAUUGUAAAUAUGAAGCAAAUAAAUAUUUAGUGUUUUGUU